CAUAUUUUCUCCCACCACAAACUCAAAGGCGAAGCAGAUUCCAUCACAAGGAUCCACAAGAUCUCUUAUCUUCUUCCACCCCCGCCUCCCUCCCUCUACAGCCGACCAAAUGCAAGCCCACGGCUUCCUCCUCCCGCCCAAUCGCUUCCCCCUGCUCUCCUCCACGCCUCUAUCCUGCAUACCCAUCCCAACUCAAUCAGCGGCGCCAUUAAUACGCUGCACCUCAACCAGCAACACCACAUCACAACCCCUCCCCCUUUCCAUAUCAGACGCCGAGCUCGCGGCACGCGGAAUCCGCGUCCGGCGCUGCUCCGCCGGUCUUGACCUAGAGGCCCUCAACGCCGUGUUCGCCCGCGUGGGAUUCCCACGGCGUGAGGCGUCGCGGCUCCGUGUGGCGCUCGAGCAUACGGACGCGUUAGUCUGGCUCGAGGAAAACGGCGACGGAGGCGAAGGGGUUCCCGUUGCUUUUGCGAGGGCGACGGGAGAUGGGGUUUUCAAUGCGGUGGUGUGGGAUGUGGUUGUGGAUCCAGCGUUGCAGGGGACUGGGUUAGGAAAGGCGGUUAUGGAGCGGCUUUUGGGAGAUUUAAGGGAUCGUGGGAUUGUUAACAUUGCGCUGUACGCGGAGCCGAAGGUGGUUGGGUUCUAUCGAAUGCUGGGCUUCGCGGCUGACCCGGAUGGGAUCAAAGGUAUGGUUUACUCCCGUAGGAAGAACAGGAGAUAGAAGAAACCAUCUGGUUUGGAUAUUCCAUGAAAAACGUUUUUUUUUUUUCAGAAGGAAAUGUAAGAUAGUCAUUCCUGUUCUAUUUUGAAUAAAAUACAUGAUUAUCUGUAAAUUAUAAUCUGUUCUGAUUGUAUGAUGCGGUAAAAAGUUCAUUUUUUU